AAACGGGUCAAAAACUGCAAAAUCACGCGCCACUUCAUCGUCGGCAAUGAAGCACACGUCCUCCCACAUCCAUCCUACCCCGAUCCACCCCCAGACGGCCACACAAAAGGCUGGAAAGUCUACGUUCGGCCGCUACCAAACGGCCCCGACAUGACGACAUGGCUGAAGAAGGUGCAAUUCAAACUCCACCACACCUACGCCGAUGCCAGUCGCACCAUCGAAGCGCCCGGCCCGUUUGAAGUGCAAGAGACAGGGUACGGGGAGUUUGGCGUUGAGAUUCGGCUGUUCUUUGCGCCAGAGGCCGGAGAGAAGGCGGUGUAUCGCGAGCACUAUCUCUGUCUCGCACCGUAUGGGAGUGAAGAGCAAAAGGCACAACAGGAGCGGGAGAAUAAGACGGUGGCGGAGCGGUUGGAGACGGUCGAAUUCAAUGAGCCGACGCAAGAGUUCUUCAAGUCGCUCACGUCGGAGGAUCAGUUCAAUUGGCUCAAAGUGAAGAAGGGCAGGGGCAAGGGAAAG